AUGGCCGACUUCAAGAAGCAGGGUGGUGUCCUGACUGGCCGCGAGGAGCGUUACGAUGGCUUUGAGGGUGAGCCCCGCACUGUUGGCGGUGCCCACACUUCCACCCACACUGGCACCCACGGCCACCAUACCGGCACCGGUCUCACCGGCGCUGGCUUGACCGGCACUGGCUCAGGCCUCACCGGCUCUAACACCUACGGUAACACCAACACCACUGGCCGCGAGACCCUCGGUGAGCGUGUCCGCGAGGGUGAGCAGGACCUCAAGCACGGUUCCCACCACCACUCCACCACCGGUACCACUGGCACUGGCUACGGUCGCGAGUCCGAGAUUGACUCCAAGACCGGUAAGNNCCCUCUCAUGGACAAGCUCAACCCCAUGAAGGACUCCGACCACGACGGCAAGAAGGGCAUGAUGGACUAA